AUGGCGCCAGACGGAGACCAGACCAAGAAGGAGCCCGUCGAUCCCGCGAAGCAGAACCGCCGGCUUGCAGCCAAGGAGAGGCUCAAGGCUGAGAAGAAGGCGAAGAAACAGGAGAAGGCCCAGGCCAAGCGCGAGCGCAAGGCCAACGCAACCCGCGCGGGCAAAUGGUCGGACCGGGGAAAGAAAAAGAAUCCGGAGCGCCAAAAAAAGAAGGAAGACAAGCUGUUCAACCGCAUGCUGAAGCGUGCCGACAAGCUCGAGGAGCAGGCUAAGAAGCUCAUGGCCGAUGCGGCGCGCACGCGCGCGAAGCAUGCGGCAAUAGCCCAGCGGAGGGCGAAGAUCGCCGCCGAGGAGAAGGAGCUCGAGAGCAAGAAUGAGGAAAUUAAGAUCUAUGACGACGAGAGCGACUCCGACGCGGAUUCCUCCUCCGACUCGUCGUUAGCGUCUUCAUCGUCCGACUCGGACUCGGAAUCCGAGGCUGAGGCGGAAGAGGGCGGCGUGCCUGUCGAGGACGGAGACGUCCAUAUGAAGUCCGAAUCACCGAACCCCAGCGCGCAGCUCCGCGCCGAGAGCGAGGCCAGAGCGUUGAGCCACGAGCAGCAGAUGGAGAUCGACGAGGAAGAGAAGUCCAAGAAGUCCAAGAAGUCCAAGAAGAGCAAGAAGCCCGAGGAGAAGGUCGAGGAGGCGACGCCCGCCAAAAGGGAAAAGAAGGAUAAGAAGGGAUCCAAGGCCGAGGAGCCUGCUGCUGUCGAAGAGGCUGCCCAGACCGAGGAAACGCCUGCAACAAAGGAGAAGAAGGAUAAGAAGAAGAGCAAGAAGGCGAAGGCCCCAGAACAGGUCGAGGAGGAGGCGCAAGAGCCCGCCAAAAAGUCGGACAAGAAGCGUAAGCGCUCGAGGGAGGAUGAGGAGGAGGACGACGACGAUGACUCCGAAGGCGGGGCUGCGGUCACCGACGAGACACCCAGUAAGAAGUCGAAGGACAAGAAGAAGACGAAGAAGCAGAAGAAGGAGGAGACGGACAAGACCUCCGCCGUCAACGCCGCGGCCGCGGCCGAAACGUGGGACGUCGAGCAACUCAAGGGCGGCGCAGACCGCCAGCAGAAGUUCAUGCGACUUCUCGGCGGCGGCAAGAAGGGUGCAGCCGCGGCGAGUGCCCCGCCCCCCGGCUCCAAAGGCAAGCGUGACAUUGGCAAGAUCACACAGGAGCUCGAGCAGCAGUUCCAGGCCGGCGUGCAGAUGAAGUACGAGGGCGGUGGCCAGCGUCGCGGCCUCGGCGCAUAA